CCUCACCAAACAACCCCUAAGAACCCGAGGUCGAACUGAAUCGGAGCGUGGCGAAAUGGAGCGAGUGGUGAGCGCACUGAACCGGGCGGCGAACAGCAACGCCGUGGUCAACACAAUUUUGCUCGGCGCAUUCGGCGCUCUGGCGGCGAGAUCGAUGUUUCAGGAGCGAACAAUCGAGGCAAUGGAGGCGGAGAAGGAUUCGCUGCUCAAAACAAACAAAGCUAUCAAAAGCACCAUUUGGGAAUGGAAGCAGAAACUCUACGCAGAGGCGGAAGCCAAUCCCCACGAAACCCUAGUCCCCCUCUCCACCCUCAAAUCUAUCUACGGCGAAGUUGUCACCGACCCCACGCCCCCUGCCCUUUCUGCCACAGAUGAUAAACAAGAAGGAAAAUCUCCGGCACCAAAGAUCAUGAUCUAGUAGGGUUUUGAAUGUUUCGAUUCAAUGGGCCGAUCAACCAGUCAGUUUCUUAUGAAUCGGGCUAAUGAUUUUUAUUUUUUUCUAUGAACCAAGUCGUCUGGUAUAUGACCACUUCAUUGUUCAUUUUUCUCUUAAAGUUGACAUUCACUUGUCUGUUUAAAUCUAUUGUCCAUGUGCUUAUGUGCAUUUAUUUAUGAGCAUAUAAAGUAUGUGAUUCAUUAAAGUACUGCAAGUGCUGCUUGUGUACUAAAUCGUGCUUUUCGAUCGUCACACGUUAUUCGCAACUAGGUUCGCAACAAGUCUAAAAUACAACAAAAUUUUUGCACCUGUGUGGUAAUAUCAUGAUAGUGGUUUACUUUGACUCCCAAAAAAGUUUGUAAUUUGUUUUUUAUUUUUUAUUUUUAUUUUAUUUUUAAUG